UUUGGAUCCCCCUCCUCUUCCUCCUCAGUGUAGUGGGGCACUGAAGCGCGCUGCCUUUUUCCAAUUUUUCGCCUUACCCGGAUUGUACCAAAAAAAAAGAAAAAAAAACAAUAAAAAUUAAAAAUAAACAACAACAAUUUUUACAUUUUUUUGCCGCGCUCUUUUUGCGCUUCUCCCAGAAGUCCAGGGCUUUUUUUUUAACAACCUGAGGAUAAACUAUGUUUUUGCUUUGUGAUCAGGACGCGCGCGGGCUGCUUUCUGUCCCAGAAACCUGCUGGUAAAAAAAAACAAAACAAAAAAAAAAACAAAAACAAAAUUUCCCCUCCAAAAAAAAAAAAAUUGCGCUGAAAGUGAAGCAAAGUGGCCGGAGGAGCAGCGGGAGAGCGCGGCGAAGGGUUAAAGGAGGACAGCGUGGAGAGGGACUCUCAGCAUGGAUGAAGGCGAGCAGAGCGCGCCUAGAGAUGAUGAGCCCAGCCGGGCCACCGACCGCUCCAUCCGUCCGGCUCCGGGCGACCCGCAGCCGCUCCCUCACCGCAUCACCAACUUCUUCAUAGACAACAUCCUCCGCCCCGACUUCGGCCGGAGGAAGGAGGUGAGCGCCCAGCAGGCGGAGAGCGGUGGCCCCGCAGGGCCGGAGGACGGCGGCGGGAGGAGCCCCGCGACGCCCGGACCGGGUCGCCUGGGCAGCGGCGGGCCAACGGAGGGCACCUCCAGCCCGCGCUCGGAGGACGGAGAGAAGAAGGCAGAUAUAGAAGAGCCAUUAAAAGCCAAGGGGGGCAACAAGGAGCAGUGCCUGAGCAGCUCGGAGUCGGACACCUCUCAGUCCAGCGCCAACCUGCCCCACAGCCAGCCCAUGCUGUGGCCAGCCUGGGUCUACUGCACGCGCUACUCGGACAGACCCUCGUCAGGUCCCAGGUCCCGCAAACCAAAGAAGAAGAGCGCCAGCAAGGAGGACAAGCGCCCGCGCACGGCCUUCACCGCCGAGCAGCUGCAGAGACUGAAGGCCGAGUUCCAGACCAACCGCUACCUGACCGAGCAGAGGCGGCAGAGCCUGGCGCAGGAGCUCGGCCUCAACGAGUCCCAGAUCAAGAUCUGGUUCCAGAACAAGAGGGCCAAGAUCAAGAAGGCUUCGGGGAGCAAGAACACGCUGGCCUUGCACCUGAUGGCCCAGGGACUCUACAACCACUCCACCACGGGCACGACCACCACCACCACCACCACCACCACGACCACCAAGGGGGACAAGUCGGACAGCGACUGAGAGAGAGAUGAUGAUGAUGAUGAUGGUCCUCCUUAUAUUCCCAAUGCAAUAAUUCACCAAGGGCCAGUGGACAAACAUAAACAUACCAGCAUUACUGAAGCUAAAAUAGAAAAACGAAAAACGAAAAUUCCGAAUCUGAUAACGAUCACGAUCAGCUUAUUGAUCAGCUUUCGCGCGUGAGGGGGACAGGAGAGAAACCCAUCGCAUUCUCCAUCUGUCAGUGUUGCAUUCGGCUAUCACUCAAAAGCACGUGGAAAAAAACAAAAAACAAAAAAAAAAACAGAAAAAAAUAGAAAAAAAAAAUGAAAAAUCUGCUUAAAUCCAAAGAAUAUUUUCUGCUGCACCCAGGCAACUGUGAAUAUUAAUAACCUGCUUAGGAGGCAUUUUAUGAUUUUUUUUCAGGUUUUAUUUUUUUUUUGGUUUGUUUUUUCAUUUUAAUUUUUUAAAUUAAAAAAAGAAAAAUCUGGUUGGAUGGUUUGAUACAAAAAAAAAACAAAACAAAGAAACGCCUAAAAACAGAAAUUUUCCUGACUAAAACGCUUUUUUCCUAAAAAUAUUUUUAAAAUUUGUAUUAUUAUUAUUAUUUUUAUUUUUAUUAUUUUUGCCUGGCUACUUUCAAGGAGGGGUUUGAGAAAUUUUUGAGGAAAAAAAAAACAAAAAAAGAGGAAAAGAAGGACAAAAACUAGGAAAACGAAACAAUGCCACCAUCGCCUGUUCCAGUCGCGAGGACGAGGUGUGGCCUACUGCCCAGGAACAACUGAACUAGCAUUCCUUGUUUUUCAGUUUCAGUUUAUUUUUAUUAAUAACUUAAUUUAGCAGCCAUGUGUAGAAACGCUGUCCUAACCCAGCGCGCUAGGUCCACCCACCGAGGGGGGGAAUCUGAAACGAAGUUUUUAUGAAUAAGAGCAAUAUUUUCUUUUUUUUUUUUCCUUUUAUUUUUUGGCUUGUUUUCUGUAGCAAAGUGUGUUUUAAUGGUUUUAAUGCUGCCUAUAAACGUGUAGCACACUGACAAUGAUGGUAGCGCGAGACAGAACUAUAUCAGAAGUAUAAUAAUAUUAUAAAUAUAUAAAUAUAUACACAUAUAUACAUAUAUAUACACACAUAUAUAUAUAAAACAAACACUAUAGAAAUAAAAAUCGAAGCAAACCAGCAGUUUACUGUAUAACAAAUGUUAAAAUGCUGUUUUAUUGUUAUUUGUUAUGUAUUUAUAGAGAUAUAUUGAGGAAAAAAAAAAAAAAACUUUAUCCAAAAUGACCAGUGUGGCUUUUUAUUUGAGAGUUAGAUUUCUAAAAAAUAAAAAUAAAAAAAGAAAUAAAAGGUGUUUAAACGGCUUAUUUAUCUUGCAAUAACUUCCGUACGUGAGAGAUUUUUUUUUUUUUGUUCUGAUUUUUUUUUUAUUUUAUGUUUUUUUUUGUUUUGUUUUGUUUUUUUUUGAGGCCUUUGCAUGAAGAUUGUCAUAUCGAGGACGAUUUAUUGGAUGUAUUCGGAUUUAUUCACCCGUUUCUAAGAGCUCAGAAAGGUUCCCACGCGCUCGCGGACGAUUCCCACCAAACCAAAAUCCCAAAUUUGAUUUUUCCCCCCUGUCCUUUAGAUUUGAAUGGAAAAGCGAGAAAAAGGAAAGAGAGUGUGUGAAAUCAAAAAAAUAAAAAAACAACAAAAAAAACAAACAAAAAACAAAAAACAAAAACACACCAAACGGAACACACCUUGCCUUACUGAGAGUCGGACUGAGCGCCCAGUCUAUCGAUCCUCUAUCGAUCCUCUAUCGAUCCUAUCAUCAGCAGAGCUAUAGUGACUAUGACGCGUAAACAGCGGCAGCGGCAGCGGCCCGUCUGAGAUGUAUAAACGAUGUUAUUUUUAUUUGUGUUUACACGGUAUUGUAAAUAGUUUGUAUGGCGUGUGCAUUAAUGGUGUGAUUAAUUGCCUAUUGAACUGGAUAUAAAGACGUAAAUAAACAGGACAGAUAAUCCUC